CGAAAACGUAACAAUCUUUUAACCAUCUCUUAAUACUUAACGUAAUUUCGUCGUUCCGUCGAAUCGUUUUAAUUUAGCAGUCUAUUAACUAUGAACAUGCCAUAUGACAGAGAGUGAGACGAUCACAGAGCCACAUCUAACCACUGGACAGAGAUGGGUCGCCACCAAGAGAAUCCAGCGCAUCGGUAUUUCUUUUAUGACAAGGUCUCUAAUAAGUCUUUCUGCAAAAUUGAAGGAUGCGGGGCAGAAAUAUCUGGACACCACGGAGGCAACCUGCAGAGACAUCUCCAGCGUAGACAUCCAGCAGAGCAUGCUGAGACAACCGCCCAAAAGAGACCAGCAUCUGUAGAUGGACUAACGACUCUGGAUGUGGCUGUUGUGAAAAGGGCAAAGAUCACAGGCCUACAUGUCCAAUUAAGUCCCAAUAUCAUAAAAGAUGCAUGCAUAGAGCUAGUAACCAUUAACGGGAGACCUUUGUCGUUAAUGGAGGACUCAGGCUUCAGGAAAAUUAUAGACCCAAUACAAGAGGCUAUUGGAAAUGACUUCAACAUCAAUUCAACAAACAUCUGUGAAAUGGUGUCAGAUGUUGCUCAGGGGGAAAGGGAACAGCUCAAGAAUGAGUUAAAUGGAAGACUUCUGAUGCUUAAAAUUGAUUCAGCUACAUGCAGAGACCGAACUGUUCUUUGUAUAAAUGUACAAUAUGCUGAUGGAGACAAAAUUGUGAUGCACACAUUGGCCGUUAAGGAGCUAACGGAAAGGCACACGACCGAAUACAUCUCAUCAGUUGCAAAGGAUGUCUUGCAUGAAUAUAAUGUCGAAUUGCGCCAAGUGUACUCCGUAACAUCAGAUAAUGGUGUUAACAUGGUGAAAGAAGUUUAUUUACUGUCCGAUAUGCAAGACGAUGACCUGUCUAACAACGAGAAUUAUACUGAUGCUGCAAUCACACUGGUGAAAGAGGAGCUAACCGAGGCUGAAGUCGGAAGUCAGGAAUUAGACAUUGAACUUGAUACUGUGAUGCAAGGACAUGUGUUGCGCAGUGUCAGGUGUCCUGCUCAUACCUUUCAAUUAGCAAUUGAUGAUGCAUUAAAAGAGAAAUGGUCAUCCAGCUUGAUUUGUAAAGCAAGGCGCGUUGCGAAAGAGUUGCGCACGCAGAACAUUGUCAUUCCUCGGAAAAAAAUGGGACACGAGAGGGCCAUUGUCGACUGUGCGACAUGCUGGCAGUCGACACACGAUAUGCUUGAGUGGCUUUUGGAGCUCAGGAGCUUCUGUGAAGAUAUGUCUUCAGCCAUAAAAGCACUGCAUUUAAUUGAGAACGAAUGGCAGGACAUAGCCAACUUGGUGUGCGCGUUAAAACCUGCGAAAAUCGCGGCGAAAAGCCUCCAGUCUGACCAGCUUACGGCAGGUGACUUCUACGGCGUUUGGCUCCAGUGUGUACUUUGCACUGACAAAAUCGACAACCUCUUCGCAAAACGACUAGUCCAGUGUCUCACGGUACGGCAAACUAGACUUUUUGACAGUGAUGCCUUUGUGGCUGCUUUAUUUCUCGAUCCUAGAUACCGACUUUUUCUUACGGAUCAUCAAACAGAAAGGGCUAAGGUUCACUUAACUCGUGCCUGGGAAGCCAUUAAAAAUGUAUCCACCAACAGUGCGUCUAGUACACAGUGCACACCAUCCCAGUCAUCCGAGGAAGAUGACGAGAUUGAACAGCUGUUGAUGGCAAAAGAACUGCAGGCCACAAAAGUGCAGAGUUCUCACGUAUCGAUAUCGUCUCUUUUGGACGUCUACUCAAGAGGAGCACGUCUUAAACGUAGCGAGUGUCUUUUCAAGUACUGGGCAAGCAUUGCCCCCACUAACCCAGACUUACAUAAACUUGCUAUGAAUGUCAUUGCACUCCCUGUAACGCAAGUAAGCUUAAAACGCGCAAAUUCAUGCCUCGAGUAUAUCCUUUCCGAACCGGCAUUGUCAAUGAACGCACAGGUCUUGGAAAACAUUCUUUUCUUACGUUUAAACAAACAAUAUGGACAUGCAGUAAAUUACAAGUGAUUCAGGAGCCUAUGUUUAAAUGUUUCUGGUUUUCUGUGUUUUUUGUACAUAAUUGUGGCAAUUGCACCUUUUUCUAAUUUCUCAGACACAAGCCUUUCCAGUAGCCUUGGGCCACGUCCACAGUAAUCCGUUUUCUUUUGAAAACUCAUAUUCAGUUUCCUUAUGCCAUUGUUUUACAAAAAUGGGGUAAUGGAAAUCAUUUUCGUAACGCUCCGUUCUCGGUGGAAGAAAACACCUUUCUAGUGUGGAUGAGAUGUAAAUGUUGUGAAAUCAAUGCGUUUUCAAAUUAAUAUUUUAAUGAGUAUUAAUGAGGACGUGGCCUAAAUGUGCAUUCAUACACAAAAGCAUAUUGGGAUCCAUCUACGCUGUUUGUCAAUUGUUUUUUUUUAUAGAUGGACGUCUGUGCUGCAUUUUGUUGGGGUUUUUUUCCCCCCAGCAUUUCACGAAGGAGUGCCAAAUGUUUGUUUUUUUAGAUACCAUGUCAAGUUAAAAGAACUUUAACUUUUAUAAGCGCAUAAACACAUUCAGUCUGAAUGGCCCCUUAAAUGGGCCAUUAUGGUUUCUUUUAAUGUUGUCAAGUAAUGUAAUAUUGUAAGUAACAGAAAGGUUAAAUUACAGAUUCUUCUCGGAGCAAACAGAUUUAUCUUCUUUUCUUUUUGCCCCAGAAAGAGGGUCAAAUUGACCCAAUAUGAUGUCAUUUUUUGGUAUUUUAUGAAAAAUACCAUUUGUACACUUGAAAUUCCAAGUAGUUUUUAAAAAAUAUUGUUUGUGACCCUAACAAGUGUCAUUUCCAAAUUGAUUGGUCAUAGGUUCUGAAAAAUGACUGCUUUUGUAUUACUACCCCAAGUCUUCAUAAAGGGGGUCAAAAUGACCCGUACACAUUUGAAAUGUCAUUUUGUGCACCAGUUUUGGACACUGCUUAAUUCACAUUCUUCAGUUUGUGUUAUUUCAAUUUUGAUGACUUCACCGUUAUUCUAAAAUGUGGAAAAUAAUCAUAAAAAAGAAUGAAUAGGUGUGUCUAACUUUUGACUAUCUCUUACUGUAUCUCUUUCCAACCAAAAGAAAUUCUGUCCAAAGUCAUAGACAAAAAGGUGAAUAAAAUGUUGUGCACGAUGUGCAGAGUUGUUCUGCAGAGAAGAUCAUAGCUUUAUAAUCUACAAUAGUUGUCAAUGAUGAAAUUACUUUAAUGAACUCACAUAUUUCAUAGUCAUUUAUGUUGAAUUUCAUUUGUUUAACUGUAAAUGUUCAUGUAGUGAACAAAUAAACAUUGAUUAAUUAAGCUGAGAAUAGACCUUUAAAUCCAGUUGAGUCUAGUAGGGCUUCAUAUCCCCGUUUUUUAUUGCUAUAGUAAUGAAAUUGUUUCAUAGCAAAUUCAUAAUUCUUUCAACUUGUUACCCUAUUUUUAAACGUUUUUUUUAUUAUUAUUAUUUAUUCUUUUUCUCACUGCACACCACAGAUACUGUCAUUUAGAAAAUGAGAAAAGCCAUGUUUGUGCUUGUGCUUGGUGUCCUUUAAUUUGACCACAUGGUGGCGCUGUUUAUUUGUUUUAAUGAUUCUGUUACUUGUCAUAAAAGAAACAGUAGUGCGACUC